CCAGGAAAACAGUCACCUUGUCAGCUCGGUGACCGCGAAAGUGAAGGGCGUGGCAGUUACCAAUGACUCUGAGCUGAAGAGAGUAUUAUGGGAUGUCGUCGAUCACAGUAGUUUAUCACAGGAGUCAAGGUUCGGGAUCCAUAAGCAACAACUCUCAGUACACCCUCCUGCCUCCUGACUGCUCCCAGACCUUCUUCUGAAGCAUCAACAUGCAACACAAACGGUUUUUCACAAUCAGGGUAUGCCUUCACUGGUGGACUUGUCAGGGCUUCCACUAACCUCUCUAGUAUGUCCUGAUGCCUCGCAGUCCAUUCUACUGGUUGGGAUGGUGGUGGCUGGAAUGACCGCUUGGCCUCUGUUCUCCAUUUUGAGUUCUUCCUCCUUACCCCUCCCCCUCUGGGAACUGAAAGAAGUUCACAGAUCGGCUUGGCAAGGCUGGAGAAAUCUGGGGAAGGACUCCUUUUUUGUUGUUACUAAUGCAGUAGUCACAAAGAAUCAAACUCAAGGAAACUGUCUGGAGGGACCAGACUCUGGAACAAUAUGCAGCUCAAAUGAGGAUUGCACAAAGGAAUAUACUAACCAGAAGAGUAAUGGGGAUCCGACUGGCCAAUGUGUUGAAUUUAACUCAUCAGUAAAAACCUGUGAGGUGUUUGCCUGGUGUCCGAUCGAGGGAAUGAGGAAUGCUUCCAAACCUGCUGUUUUGGAAUCAGCAGAAAACUUCACCGUCUUUAUUAAAAACAACAUUGGAUUCAUUAACUUCAAUUACACAAAGAGAAACAUCUUGCCGGAUAUGAACGAAACCUAUCUAAAACAGUGUAUGUUUAACCGAAAGACAGACCCAUACUGCCCGAUAUUCCGCCUGGGAAAUAUUGUCCAAGAAGCCGGGGAGAAUUUCACAGAAAUGGCUGUUAAGGGAGGAGUGAUAGCAAUACAGAUUAACUGGGAAUGUGACCUGGAUUGGCUGCUUCACAAGUGUGUCCCGGAGUACAGCUUUCGAAGACUGGAUGAGAAAAACGACAAGAAGACCCUAUUCCCUGGCUUCAGCUUCAGGUUUGCAAGAUACUAUAAACAGAAUGGAGUGGAAGAGCGCACAUUGUUCAAGGUGUAUGGAAUCCGGUUUGAUGUCAUGGUGACUGGAAAGGCUGGAAAAUUCAGUCUAAUUAAGCUGAUUACAUACAUUGGAUCCACACUCGCCUACUUCGGUAUGACAAUAAUCGUGGUUGACUUCCUCCUUGCAAACUACGUUCAUCCCAGUUGCUGCAAAAAAGAGGUCAAAAGUUACUAUACUGGGAAGAAAUAUGAAACUGUGGAAUAUCAGUUAGAGAUGAGAGACGUCAGCAACAGAGAAGGUCAGGAUUGUGAAUCCAGCCCUUAGUGCAUUUUUAUACUGUGUUUAUUGUUGUUGUUGUUAUUUUAACAUGUAUUGUGCACACAGUAUAUUUUUCAUUGCUAAUCAAAGGCAGAUAGUUAAUUCAGUUUUGUUCUGACAGCAGUUUUCAUAAACUGAUGCUUUGCAACACUUUUGUAUCGCGCUGAAAUUAAUAAAAAUGAACAAAAUACAGUAAA